UUGAACGGCUAAGUCUCGCGAGAACCCCUGACGUCACGGGAUAAUGGCUGAAGAUCGCGGAUAUUAGAAGGAAGCUACAGUUUGAGAGCAAAAGAAGAGGUGAAACAGACACACUACUGAGACCAGCAGCAGAAAUGGCUAACGUCACCAACCAUGGGAAGCUGCUCUUGCAGCGCCUACAUCAGCAGCGAGAGAUGGACUUUUUGUGUGAUAUAACCAUAAUGGUGAGAGAUGUGGAGUUCAGAGCCCACCGCAACAUCCUGGCUGCAUUCAGCAAGUACUUCUCCUCCCAGGCUGAAAAGGGUCAAGAGGUCACAACCUUGGACCCUGAUAAAGUCAGCCGGUAUGCUCUAGAGAAGCUUUUGGAGUUUAUCUACACUGGACAGAUGAACCUCAGCAGCACCAGACAAGCAGCGGUGCGUCGAGCUGCUGUGUUCCUGGGAAUAUCCGAGGCCACAAAGUUUCUAGAGGAAGCCCCCCACUGGUCUGAGCUGAGCGAAACGUCCCAGUCAGAGAUUGAUAAAGAAACUGGUCCCUCCCCUCCCAGUCCAACCUCUCCAGGCAGCCCCAGCUCACCAGUUCCACUGUCUAUCGCCUCCCUCGCUGGGGAAUGGCAGGAGGAGGGGAUGGCUGGCAAAGAGCAGGGUGAUGAGGCCAAAGAUGUAGAUACAGAAGAAGGAGAGAAAAGUGAUGAAGAGUACACCCCCACUAUCUCCGUUGGAAGAGGACAGGGAAGGAAGAGGGGCAGAAAGCCUAAGAGUUUUGGAGGCGAACAGAUGGAGGCGAGCAGCUCGGCUGACAGCACACCCAAAACCCAGAGCUACAGGGGGAGGGGGAGAGGCAGAGGGCGAGGCAGGGGGAGAGGGAGAGGAAGAGGUGGAAUUAAAAGUGAAGAUCCGUUUUGGGAAGAUUCUGACGGGAGCGUGAAAGAUUUUAUCGAUAACUCUGAAGACUGGAGCCCCUCUCUGGAGGAUGACUCUCCGACCAAGAAACCUCGACUGAGCAGUGGAGAGGGACGGAGAGGGCGAGGCCGGGGGCGGGGGAGAGGCAGAGGGAGAGGCAGGGGGCGAGGCAGGAGGAAGACCACGGAGGAGAUAGAAGAGGAGUUGGGCAUAACGGCCACAGAAUACGAUGACAUAGGGAUGGAUUUGGAGAGUGGGGAACAGGAUCCAUCAGAAAUGGACGACAUGACGCUGUCAUGCACCCAGUGCAACAAAUUGUUUAAAGACAUCAGCAGCCUGCGCAGACAUGAGAAAAUCCAUGAAGGGCUGAAGCCGUUUGUCUGCAUCUUCUGCUCCAAAACCUUCAGACAAGCUACCCAGCUGAAAACUCACCUGCGGAUACACACAGGCGAGAAGCCAUUUAGUUGCAGCGACUGCGACAAGUGUUUUGCUCAGAAGUGUCAGCUGGUCGCUCACCGCCGGAUGCACCAUGGAGAGGAGAAGCCUUACACCUGCGAGCGCUGCGGUUUCAAGUUUGCUACGUCGUCCAACUACAAAAUACACAUCAGACUGCACAGUGGGGAAAAACCGUAUGUGUGUGACAUCUGUGGUCAGGCGUUCGCUCAGUCCAGUACGCUGACCUAUCACAAGCGACGACACACCGGAGAGAAACCGUACCAGUGUGAUCUGUGCGGCAUGUCAUUCUCCGUUUCUUCUUCUCUUAUUGCUCAUGCACGAAAACACACAGGUGAGACUCCAUACAAAUGUACACAGCCGAAAUGUGACUCAAAGUUUGUGACAUCCUCCGAACUGAAGAAACACAUGAGGAGACUUCACCCAGAGGGGAACACAGGUGUGCAGUGCCUGCUGUGUGGAAACAGGUUUGCCAGCGUGAAGAACAUGAUCAAACACCAGGAGAAGGCUCACGCUGAUGAAGUGCGGCAACACAAGGAGAGAGCCAGAGCAGUCGUCCUCCUAGCCUCCAGUCAUCCUGUGGCAUUUGUCCAGAGCAAACUCACCCAGGAAAAUAAAGGCAUGGCUUCCAUUCCGGAAGGCGAGCCAACCAACCCCGAACCAGCCACCCCCAUCCCCAAAGCCACAGCGCCGUCAGCAGCCGACACUGACGAUGACACUGCUACCACCACCGCCGCUAUCAUGCAGGACUUCAAGGCAGAGCCAGCUCACCCUGCUAUCACAACUACCACCACCACCACCGACCAGGUGACCUUUGAAACCGACCAGGAGCAGACCAUCAACUCAGACACCCUCCACGCUCUGGUGGAGCAGCUGCGGCCACCGCCCUCGCCCGCCCAGAGCCUGGAGCAGAUCGUCAUCAUCAGGACAGUGGACAACGCCGAACACAACCCUCCUCAGCAGUGAGGCCGGAGGCACAGCGGUGUCACUCUCGUGGAACAUUUUCACAUUUUAGCAUUCAAGCCACAGUCAGUCACAUCCAGGCAUGUAUUACCAUAUAACAGACUGUAAUGGACCAUUUUUUAAUGGUGAAAAUAUGUGUAACACAACUGACGUCAGAAACGUGCUUUCUGCUCUACAUUUUUUCCUCCAGUGUAGAAACAGAUGUUUUCAUCUACUUUGGCUCUGUGUUUCAAGCUUAAACAGUCACUUAAACGUCACUACUUCACCAAAAACUUGAAUCCAACAACACUUUCACAGACGUUGACGCGUGGCUGGAGUUAGUUUUCUGUCUGAAUUCUCUCAUGUAAAGAAACAACGCGUUGUUUUUUAAUAGAUAACAAAGGUCAGCGGGGCCCUGAUAUCGCCAUGAAAUGUGAUUUUAUUUAUCAUAAAUGUUCCACAUAUGUGAUGUUGGCUUAAUUAAUGUAAACAUAACCGAGUUCUCUGUUUCAGUGUAAUAGUUUUUUUAAGCAGCUGUUUUAGGUCUUAGCAGAAGUGUUUGUGCUUCAAGUUUGAAAACUGAAUCACGUUUCUUUCAGCUUGAAAGUAGCUGUUUUUUGUUCCAUGCUUUCUUUUUUCUCUUUCCUAGUUAUUUUCGAUAAAACGUCUGCAUUACUUGUACAGAAAUGUGACUUACAUAUACAAGUUGUCUGCUGUAUAAAAACUGUACAACAGGAAAAUAAAAUUAAAGACAAAAAGGAACA